GUCACCCCUGCAUUGAUUUGUGGGGUUUGAAAGAUUCAUAGUUUGGCACUCCUGGUCUAGUUGUAUUCGCCCCAUGAAUUUAAUAUAUCGAUAUUAAUUUAUAUUUAUGGAACGUUGUGCUCGUUGUCGCUCUCAGGGACAGUAAUAUUUGUACCGUAGAAGUCAAAAUACUCGGAAUGUUUAUCCUUGAAUUUAGGUGCAUUGAUUAGUCUAAUUGGAAUUAUCAAUUUCGUUAACAUACGUAUUAAUUGUAAUAAAUUAGUGUAAGGAAGAAUAUAAAAUACAGACGUUACGUUUUAUUAUGCCGAACAAUUGUUUUUAAUUAUUGAAUUCUGUAAUCUAUUACACCUUACAUUCAAUUCCGAACAGUUCAUUUGAGUGGAAAUUCGUACACGUUGUGGUCUAGCGGUAAAAUUAGGAGGAUGUUUCGAUGGUUUCGGUGAUUGGCUACAUGGGGCAAACAGACUAUGCUUUGAUAGCUUCCUGUCAGUUGGCUCCGGUCAUCAUGGCUGCGGAACAUCAGUACUUUUAUGAAGAUGAAGUGUACAGAAUUAAUAAGAAGGGUAACAUUGAAUUUGGAAUGGUGCUGGAAAAUUCCGAGCUUGUUAGUAGUGACGAAAAUUCAGACGUUGAAGAAGGGGGCAGGAUGAGGAAGGGACACAUUCGUGUGGCAUGGCAUCCUACAGGAGUGGAAGAAAUCAUUCCAGAACGAAAGGUGCAUCUAGCUGACAGGUCACUGAUGCCAGGAGAUGUUGUUAGACGCAUGAUAAAAGGGAAAGAUACACAGCGUGGUUAUUGCAGAGACAUAAAGGUGACAGCCUGUGUACAAGUUGUUGGGACCAAACAAGUAAUUCCCAGUGUAAAAAGUGAAAACCUUACACCAUUAGAGGAAUUUGCAGCUGAUAUAGCUGCAUGCCUGGAUUCAUGGGUUGGUGGCAUUAAGACUGUUCAUUCUAAGCUGCUAAUCCAGUGCUCUGAUGGCUCUCGCUGCAUUAUUAAUGAUAUUGAAGCAAGUUUCAUGGAGGAUUUUAAUGAGAAGAGAGAUUGUGAAUGUGAAUUCCGAAGCAACCGUGAUGAUUUCUACCCAGGGCAGACUCUAUGGGGCCCAUUACAUUGUCUGGAAGAAGCAGAGUGGAUUCAUUGCACCAAAGAGCUGAAGGCCCAGCGAGCCAAAGCCAACAAAAUUAUCAAAGUGAUGGUGGAGGAAGUGCAGACUGAUUCUGUUGGAGUGCACUGGCAGUGCCGAGCCUACUCAAAAGAUGGCGCUGGUGCUGAAAAAGAACAGCCGAAAUUUCUAGUGCAGGGAGAUGACCUUAAAAGGCUCCGUUUGCUGAACGUAUUUGAGCCAUGCACGUUACAAGUCGGUGACCGUAAUUUCUACACUUUUCGAGAAGAUGACACUGUUGUCAUAAAAGAACAUUGGCGGCGUUCACAGCGUGAUUUUGUUCUGGCUGGUAACCCUGUUACAAAUGGACCUGCUUCCACCAUACAACAAACCAAGACACACAGCCCAAGUAGGGACAGGAGCCAAGAUAUUUUGGCAGAUCCAUCAGAAUCUACCAACCAGGUUGCUGUGCCAAAUACCGAUGUUCAGGGCACUGUUAGCAAUACGCACUCUGUGAUGGUUCUGCAUCCAGCAGUCCCAACAGUUGAAGUGACGAAUGGGAGUCCCAUGCCAGGAUCUGAUGUGAAUGCGGGUGGUGACCACCUGGAGGACUGGGACACAGAGGACACCGGAAGCAUGUCUGAUACGGCCUCCAUUAGCAGUGGUUGCAGUAGUGUCGGAUCACAGGGAAAGAAGAAACGAGGACCAGCUCUGAUGACGAAAGUUCUGAAAAAGAAGAAGCUACGUAGAACGAGGAAACGAGCCCCUCCUGUCACUUUGCAGCCAGGACAGAAAGUUGUGGUCGAGACACUGUCCACUUCAUCCAUUGCUGAUGUUGUCUGGCAGGAUGGUUCAGUUGAGUAUGGGAUUCCAUCAACUCAGCUUUAUCCCAUCCACCAUCUGGAUGAUCAAGAAUUUUUUCCUGGUGACUUUGUUAUUGAGAACAAGGAAGAAAGCUGCAUGAGGGUGUAUGGCGUGGUUCAGAGUGUCGACCAUGCCGGAAGAACAGCCACAGUAAAAUGGUUUAAAACUUACACCUCUCAAGAGGAGCCUUGCCCUGCAAUGUUGGAAGCAAAUGAAGUCAGUGUGUAUGACCUGAAGGAUCACCCUGACUUCCAGUAUCGCCCAGGCACAGUUGUGAUCAGGGUCGCCAACUUUGAGGGAGAAGAUGCGAACUGUACAGCUGGUCAAGUUUUGGAUAAUUACCCAGAAGGAAUGGUGCGUGUUUGGUGGGUGGAUGGACACGUUUCAAUGUCAUGGCCUCAGGAUUUGUACAAGGUUGGCGAGUAUGACAGUGAUGAAGGUGAACUGUGGGAUGAUGGUAGCAGUGAUGCCUCAUGGGAAACAGAAUCAGAGGACUGUGUUAUUGCCGAUGAUAUAUGUCCUGAAGAAGAUUUAGAAGAAAUGCUGAAGCCAAAAUUAGCUGCAAACAUAGAGAAGGCUCGCAUUGCCAUGUCUCGCCUGGAAGAGAUCUUCACUCAGAACCCAUCACUGCAGACAACAAGUGUCAUGCGACAGUUGCUUGAUGUUUAUAAGGACUGCAGGUACUUGGACAAACUGAUGGGAACUUCAUUUUUCCAUGAGAGGCACUUCCAAGGUCUUCUGGAGCGUGUAAGGGAGCGUGGACGUGCCAAUGUGGCCCAGAGGGUGGCUGAUCAAGUCAGUAGACUGUUCCAUCAGUCAGAUGUUAAUAAUGUUCAUCCCAGUCUUGUGACAUGUACCAAUUCUCUUGAAGAGACUACAUUCAGCAAUAAAGUCUCCGAUCCAGCAGGAAGUGGUAAACAUUCUGAAAUGGGUGUGGUCAGAAAGCAAGAAGGUGUGAUACAGAGUGCAUCUGACGUAAGUACUUUGGAAGUGGGGGGUAGACAGAGUGGAACCAAUGAAGUGAACUGUGUUUACUUAUCGGAGUACAGUGCUCAUAGGAUUGGUGGUCAGGGGGUGACCGUUGAUGACUGUAACAUCCCUGCAUCUACUGUAAAUAAGGAUAGGAGUAGCGGCAGUAUUGCCAACAAUGACUCACUUCCAUCAAGAGAGUUUCUUCUCAGUGAAAACUUGGUAAAUCUAGAACGACAUGUCAUCACUGCUGCAAAUAAUCACAACUGCAGCAAUCUCCACGAGUCUGAUGAUGUUUUGAGGGAGAUUGUGACAGAGCCACACUGUACAGCUACUAGCAAAUCAAGCGGAAGCAUUGGACAGAGAAGUAACGGGAACUACAGUAACAACAAGUUGCACGCACAGAAUGAUGAGAGGGGUGGUGGAGUCACGAGUAAUGCCACCAAACAUAAUGGGUGUUAUGGUUCUCCAGUUGUGUCUGCGAAAGGCAGGCAUUCCACAUCCACAAAUUCAGCUGCCCCUGUAGCAACUGCUUCUGAGCCUCACAAUUCUAGGCGGUUAUCAGAUGUCAGUGGAGCAUUGGCGGGAACUGCGGGCGGUUCCCCCUUGUCCCUUUCCUUGGUGUCCAAUUCUCAUGUGUGUGUGAAACUUUGUUCUCUGAUCAAGGCUCAGCUCGUUAAAGCUCACGGAGAAGUUACACGUCGAUUCGGUGGCAAUCAGGGUCUUAUGACUCUAAGUGAUGCGUUCAAUACUCGAUUUCCAGUUGAUAAUGGCAGCCAUAAAGACGAGAAUGAAGCCGAGGAAGGCGGAUGCAAAACAGAUGUACCUGCAGGUAAAAACCAGGGCAGAGAAACUCAUGUUCCGACAGAGAGCAGGAAGCCAGAGCCGCUGUGGGAUAUGCCUGAAACAACACAUUCAGAACCUUCAGCAGCUGCAGAACUGCCACCGCUGUCGGAGAAGGUGAAGGAUGGUUUGAAGGACAUGUUCCAUGCGCUGUCCAGACUAGGAGGGGGACAGAUGGUGCCAUCUCAGAAUCAGCCCACGGGUAUCAAGUCUGCGGAAGUUGGAGACAAGGAAGAAGUUUUGGCAGCAAGCACAGAUUCUGCUGCUGUUAGUGCUCCUGCAGAAGAGAGCAAGGACCGAGGGACAGCAAAUCCUGUACAGCACACGGGAGAGGAAGUUGCUGAUGAAUCUUGUGGUGAAGGAUUCUCAGUUAUGGACUCCGCCCCCAACAGCCAUAAAUUCAAGCUGACUAUGUUCCAGCCAGUUGAUCCACAGAACUUCUUUCGGACUGUUAGAAAGGAAAUCAAACUUCUACGAUCAUCAUUACCACCGGGUAUAUGGGUUAAAGGGUUUGAAGAUCGAAUGGAUUUGUAUUCAGUAAUGAUCCGUGGACCAGAGAAGACUCCAUAUGAAGAUGGAUUGUUUUUCUUUGAUUUCCAACUCUCAGCUGAGUAUCCUAAGGCCCCACCAUUGUGCCACUAUAUUAGUUAUUGCAGUGAUCGCCUCAACCCAAAUUUGUAUGAGGAUGGUAAAGUCUGUGUUAGUCUGCUCGGUACAUGGAGUGGGAAAGGCACAGAAGUGUGGACCCUCCACUCAAACUUGCUUCAAGUUAUUGUGUCAAUUCAAGGCCUGAUCUUGGUGAGUGAGCCAUACUUUAAUGAGGCAGGCUAUGAGAAGCAGAAAGGGUCACAGCAAGGCAAGGAAAAUUCACGAAUGUAUAAUGAAAUGGCAGUUCUGAAGCUGGUACAGUCUCUCACAAAGCUAAUCGUGCAACCUCCACCGGUCUUCCGGGAGGAGAUCAUGCAACAUUUCCGGCAGAAUGCCUACAAGCUAGUGAAUCGUCUGGAGACGUGGUUGGAGAUAUCUGAGCAGUACAACUCAACUCAUCCCAUCACCCCAACGACUCCAACUAGUUUUCGUGAAAUGCAUGGGCCAGCCAUUUCAAAUGUGUUGAAUGCUCAUCUGCCAGAAUUUCCAUUAAUUCCGGCAUCGAAGGGUUUCUGCUUGACCCUCCACAAGAGUCUGGUUUUGUUUCGUGAUGUACUGUCAUCAGUGUCUAUAAGAGAGGAACCCACCAGUUAGUACCAGGCUGCACUCUGGCCACAAGUAAGUAAAGUGUUCCAAUUGCUUGAAUUGGGUCGAUCACGCAGCGUGGCAUAGAACGUCCAUUUGUGGACGAUCGAGAGAAUAUGUGCACGCAUAUGUGUGUGGGAAUAUUUCUUGUGUGAUGUACUGAGGAUGCAGUUGUAAAUCCAAAUUAUUCACAUUUAGUAAUAAAUAUUAUUGGGUCAAGUUUAUGAUGCAGGAAACUGUACUAUUAACUUAAUUGUUGGAAACUUAUGUUAUGAAUGAUGCUACAGAAUAUGUAGUUUCUUCUGAAAACAAGGACUGAUGAUAAGUAACUUAAAUAUUCUUUGUUCAUGAUACAGAUAUCUAAUUUUUCACGGGUAGAUUUAUAUUUAUUGUGAUUUAGUUUGCCCAGGUUAUAUACUUUGUAAUGAAGUUUGCGAGCAAACUUCUGGGUACGAGUACAGUGAUAUAUAAGAUACUUGCUAAUGUUAAGGACUAGAAUAUUUACAGGCUAGCAAGCAAUACUCAUACAUCAAAGCUAUUCAAAAUACUGUGUUGGUUCCUCAUCAUCAUAUAUUAUUACAAUCUAGUUUCUUAGAUGACACAUGAAUACCAGUGUCAGUUUGUAUUACAGUUCACCAAAUGUUAAUGAUAAAUAAUUGAGAAGGCCAUCCGCUUCCUGUUAUGGCACUCAGAACGCCAAUUAAUUUAUUAUUCUAUAGCAGUAUAACUGAUUUUGUAAAUUAAUUACUUUGUUGUAUUAUUUUUAAACAAAAUCCUAUAGGUUGUAUAAUUCUCAUUGAGUGGAUUUAGUAAGUAAACUGUACACAAAUCAAGACCCAACAGUUGUAGACAUCUAUAAAUAAUAUGGUUCUUGGUUUCUGUGCUGGAGUAGACUAGCAUGAUCAGACAUACAAAUUGAACAGCUUGCACUGUUAGAAUUUUAUUGUGCUGCCCUUCCCUUGUUGGUGGUCGUGGGUUUAUAAAUUAUCCUUUUUAAUACAGUUUUGAAAUAAAAAAUAAAUGAAUUCAGUGCAACGAAAACCAAACAAAAGUUUGACGCAGCUUCAAAUUUUACUGUUUCAGUGAAAUUACAUGGAAAUACUCAUGUCAGUUUGAUUUUUAUUUCUUUCUUUAUUAGUUAUUGUGUUACUCCGGGAGGUUUUUUCAUUGUUUUUUUAUUUUUGCCGGCCUUAUGUUUGGAGAAAUAGCAAAUCCAUUUUCACAUACAGAAUCCUAUUUGCUCUCGACUGAGGCGGAAUCGUUGCUUCAUCAUUUUUCUGCAAUAUACCUAGAGCUCCUGCAAGAUGACAUGCAAAUCUGAUCUAUAUGAAACAAAUAUAUCAUCAGGAAAAUAACAUUUUCUUGUACUUAUAUUCUAAGGAAGUUGUUCUACUGAAGUGUUGCUUGUUCAGUUAAUCCAAAAUGUGCAUGUUGAUAGGUCAUUUGAGUGGUUACUCAAAAUUUCAACAGAAGGCAGAAAACAUAGAUUGUAUGGCUCAUAUCUCAUACUUUGUUUGCUGCAUAUGUAUCACAGAGUGUUGCACUACCUGUUAUAUACAGUUUCUGAUCAUAUUAUAUCAAGUUCUGCCUGUAUAUUGUUGAAAUGUACUUAAACAAGCACAAUAAAAAAGUUUGGUUCGUUA